UGUCCGGCUAUCCCUCCCGCCAAUCAUCGCGUCACGGCGACGACAAAACCGCCUGCGCCCCGAACGGGCUACGGCAGCGUCUCGCGCGCCCGCGCGGCACACCUGUUCGACGAAUUGCCCCGCUAGGCCGCCAGGCCGGCCUUCCCCGCGCCAUGGCGUUGCCACGCGCCGCGCUUGGCCACCCGUUCUCGCCGUGCCACGCGCGCCCGGGCUUCCGCCUUUCGACCUCGACGACAGGCUCCGGGCCUAGCUUCGCGUACUCCCGAACGCAGCAUCCCGCCGUUGGCGCGCCGCGGCGCGCGUACCCCAGAAUCGAGGCGACGGCGAGGCGCGGCGCGCGCACGGAGAGCCCCAAGGUCAGGAACCGACGGCUGCAGAAGAAGUUCAAUGGCACGGCGACGAAACCCAGGCUGUCGGUGUUCUGCUCCAACCGGCAGCUCUACGCCGUGCUCGCCGACGACCACAACAAGAAGAUCCUCUUCUACGGCAGCACUCUGCAGAAGUCCAUCUGCGGCGAUCCGCCCUGCAGCACCGUGGAAGCUGCCCGGAGGGUUGGGGAGGAGCUCGUCAGGGCGUGCGAGGAGCUUGGCAUCUCCGAGAUCUCCUACGACCGCAACAGCUUUGCUCGAGGCGAGAAGAUGAUGGCGUUCGAGGUUCCCGUCUCACAGCACGGGUUCCUGCCAAGAUAAGGAGGCACCAGGCUUGCACUGACAGUUCACCGUAGCAGCUUAUUCAGGAGACGAGAAAGGAAGUUUGCUCCAUUCCAUGUGAUACUGUAGUUUGUAUGAUCCAUCAGUCCUUCAAAAUCAUGUAGUUCAUAUUUCACAGCAGUCAGUAAGCAAGUCAGGCAUUGCCAGCAAAGACAGUUUCUUCCGGCGCUAGACAUGAUGGAGAACCGACUGCUCAGCCCUCGUUACAUCCUCUGAAUUUAUUCAUCUAGAUGAAGACGCUGAAAGUGGACAUAAUAGGUACUAUGUCCUACGGCGAAGCUGUUGAAACUGGGAGUUUUGUUCCCGACCUGUGGAGCAACCAUGGAUUCUGCACAUCUGGAUCGACGAAAGUUUUUGCGAGGAAUGGUAUAGCUUCAUCACCGAUCAAUUCUUUACACAAAGCUACCCGUUCUGACAUGCUUGAUCCUGGACCGGAGCACCAGUGAAGAAUGCCAAUAUCAGUUGGCUAUGCCAAGCAGCAAGUCAUGAAUAUCACUUAGACCAAGCACAGCUAGACAAGAAAAUGAAUGAUCCACCAAUAAACUUUCUUGGUAUUUUUAAGUUCAAGUGACACUAUUAUUUAGAAAUAGAAAACAGAGACAAAGCUGAUACCUGUACUCACAGAAGCAAGCAUUUUGCUCAUUCUCAGGUUUGUCCCAGUUAUGCU